AUGACCGAAGAUUGCAGGGUCAAUGAUCAUAUUGCAGUUGAAAAUACGGGCGGUGAAAACGAUCCUCAUGUCGAAAAUGCAACGCAAAAGCAAUCUGAUUCACCGACGGUGGUUGCUCUUAUUAAUAAGAAUAUCAAUAAGUCAAAAGCGGCUCCAAAAUCUUGGGAUAAAACCUUUUUGACAAAGCAUCGAUCUUCAAUAGCUACGAGUGCAUUUGGCUUGUUCACACUUAUGGCAAUUAUUAUUGGUGUAGUGACAGUCUCUUUUACCUCACCAAAUCCUACAGUUCAAAAAUGUGGACUUAAGCUUAAAGAAACACCCAGAAAGCCCAUCGACUACAAGUAUGGUCCUCGAUCUAUCGCUGUUGGUGAUUUCAAUAACGACUCUUGGCCAGAUAUGGUUGUUGCCAAUCAUAUCGUCAAUGAUAUUGCUAUUUAUUUUGGACAGAAUGGUACCUCCUUUUCAACUCCAAUCCAGUAUCCAACUGGCAAUGGAUCAACGCCGUAUAUAGUCGCUGUUGGCGAUUUCACCAACGAUAGUAUAUUGGACAUCGCAGUAGCGAAUUUUGGCACUAAUAGCAUAGGUGUAUUUCUCGGAAUUGGAAAUGGAUCCUUUGAAAAACAUGUCGAGCUUUCGAUGGGCUCAUCUCGUCCAAUUUUCAUUUGCCUCUCUGACAUGAAUAACGACACAACACUCGACAUUAUCACUGCCAAUUACGGAACCCAAACUAUAAGCAUACUGUUUGGAUACGGUAAUGGAAGCUUCUCGAGCCCAACUUCAUACUCGACAGGCUAUGAUUCUCUUCCAUCCUCUGUAGCCACUGGAGAUUUCAAUAACGAUACUUAUUUAGAUCUCGCCAUUGCCAACUAUGGUACUGACAAUGUUCAGAUACUUUUUGGAAAUCAAAAUGUGAAUUUUACAAACGGACUGACUAUUUCAACUAGCAUUGGUUCUCGACCGAACUCAAUUACAGUGGGCGAUUUUAAUCAAGAUGAUUACCAGGAUAUUGCUGUCGCUAAUUAUGGAAGUAACAAAAUAGGCAUAUUUUUAAAUAAUGGCAAUGGCACGUUUGCGAAGCAAUUCACCUAUUCCACUAAUGCUUCUUCUGCGUACUCGAUUGGCGUUGGGGACUUCAACCAAGAUAAUCGGUUAGACUUAAUCGUUACCAAUAACGGCACUGGCAAUAUCGCUUUCUUUCUCGGUUACGGAAAUGGGAGUUUUGCCCAAGUAAGGAUGUAUUCAACAGGAGCUUUUUCUUCAAUCGCCUUUGCGCUGUGUGAUGUUAACAAAGAUCAUCGCCUAGAUAUUCUAGUGGUUAGCAAUGACACUGGUGUCAUUGAUGUUAUUUUGGGCUCUUUUGAAGGCUUUGAAAAUCAAAUGAUGUUUUCAACUGGCCUUUGGCCACUGUCUGUAGCUGUUGGUGAUUUCAACAACGACACCCGACUGGAUAUCGUUGUUGCCAAUUUACAUGAUGAAAAUGUGAGUGUCCUUCUUGGAUACGGUAAUGGCUCUUUUCAAAAUCAAAUGACGUUUUCAACUGGCUCUUAUCCAUACUCUGUAGCCGUUGGUGAUUUCAACAACGACACCCAACUGGAUAUCGUUGUCGCCAAUUCUUAUGAUAGUGUGAGUGUCCUGCUUGGAUAUGGUAAUGGCUAUUUUCAAAAUCAAAUGACGUUUUCAACUGGCUCUGCGCCAUGGUCUGUAGCUGUUGGU